GCGCCGUGCCUGGAAGCUUUCACUGGGGAAGACAUCACGGUCUUGUGCUCAUUCGCCGACAAUGGCCGAUGCCGCUAGGAGUCGUCCACGGCGGCCCUUUUAGAUGAUAAUCAACUCCACACACUGUUCGCAUACCGAGACCAUCGACCAUGGUCCUUUCAUCAAAGGUCCCGAUCGUCGGUAAUCUGAAAUCCAAAGCUACCCUCGAGAUCAUCCCCGAUACAAGGUUCAUCACAUUCCAUGGCAGCGAGCAUGAAGCCUCCUCGGUCAAGCUCACCGGCCGAGUGCGCUUGACCACACCCGAAGCGACCAGCAUCCUGAGACCGAAGAUCAGAUUACAGGGCAAGAGGAAGAUCCGAUGGUACCAAUCGAGCUCAGUGUCGCAUAGCGCGAUAGAAGACAAGCAGAUCUUUUGGAACCAGGAACAAAAGCUGGGAGUGGAGACGGCACAUAAGAUCAAUGCAGGCUCUAUGGAGUGGGCCUUUGAAUUCGAGCUGCCACCUUCGAUGCCAGAGAGUGUAGAAGGCAUGCGAGAGACAUAUAUCGUGUACCACUUGCAGGCGAGCGUGUCUCGGCCGGGAUGGAACGCGAAGGAUAUUGUCGCGCAGGAGCAUGUACGACUUGUGCGCACACUGGGAGCGGCAUCAAUGGAGAGCACCCGAUCUCGAUCAAACGCGGAUAUCUGGGCCAACAAAGUCUCCUACAACAUCUCAAUACCGACGGAUGCGGUGGUGUAUGGUACAUCGAUAACGGCAGACGUUGAGCUCUCUCCAUUGAAGAAGGGUCUCCGUUUCGGGAAGGUGCAGCUAAAAUUACUUGAGACUGUCGUCAAAAGAUUACACACCUCGGAGGUUCCUGACCUACGGACGGACAGAUCGAAAAUCGAGGAGCUGGAAGUAGCCAAAACCGAGCUUGAGUUUCCCGAAGAUUGCAAAGUAACUUAUGAAGAUGAAACGUUGGAGGAACCAGUUCUCGCGGAUGAGAUGUACAGGUUCAAGGCUACACUACCACUGCCAAAAUCACUCACACUCUGCCGACAGGAUGUGGAUCUCUUCCAACUCAAUGUCACGCAUCGCUUCAAUUUACUUGUGAAUAUCCUCAAUCCGGAAGGACACACCUCGCAAUUGGUGUGCCGAUUGCCAGUUAAGCUUUUCAUCUCUCCAAACUUGCCGGUCGACGAGUCAAAUCGUGUACAAGAUUCUGGCAAUCGUGCUUCAGAUGAGGCCCUCAACAACGCGGAGAUGACCGCGACUGCGCCACCACAGUAUGGACGGCAUUUUCUUGAUCAGAUUUAUAGCGACAUUAGCCUCAGUGGUUUCGUGAGCCGCGCAGCUAGUGGUCCCGCAACACCUGCUGGAAUUGCGACACUGAGUAGACGCGGCUCACACGACAACAUCGCCUCGUUCAACGUCAUGACUGAUGUCCAUCACGGCAGUGCUGUGCCCCAGCUGCUGCAUUCACGUCUUACCAGUCUACAAGAAUCCGAGGGUGUCCAAAGUCAGCAAUGGCCGCAAACAGGGACCAGUCCGCCGGAUGGUACCUCGUCACACAUAGCUGACCAUACCACUCCACCAUCCGCUGCAUCCCUAUUGCGGCAACCCUCCAGUCUCCAGAUCCCCGCAACCAGCGGCACGACUUCGAGCAACUCCUCCUCACACCCCAACCCGUCACCUCCAUCUGGCACGAACGGAAUCGCCCCACAUGCCGUCGAAUCCGACUUUGACCUCGAUCAGUUGGCCCGAAUACCCUCUUACAACACCGCCCUCCGCACUCCAGGCGCAGUGACACCCCUAUCAGAGUGUCCGCCGAGUUACAUCAUCGCCACAAGUCGACCUCCCAGCCCGCCCGUAAGCGCGACAACAGCCACAGCGACAUCUUCACGGAACCCUUCUCCAGUCGAUGGAACCGUCGGUCUUACGCCUCCUUCCGGCUUAUCGUCCGAAGCAGCCACCAGACCACCCGCCUCGCGCUCCGCCUCUCCCCACUCCCACCCCCUCGGCCUCUCCGUACCAACCAGAACGUCUCCUCCCUCAGAAGCGAGCGGGAGCUCGACGGCGGAACCGAAUAACCCUCACAGUCGACCUGCUCCCGCAGCGCGGAUGUCGCGCGCGGGGAUCUAGGCGCGCCUGCGCGGCGGCAGACGGCGAUGAAGGAAUCCACGGUUUUGUUUUUCUCGGCGGCCAUUUCCAUUCUGUGUGUGGAUGAGGUAUGGUGUGAACGAUGCUUCGCUUAGGAAA